AUGGGAGGGGGCCCGCCCUCUCCCACACCCUUCCCCCCUCAGGGGCUUCGCCCCCUCAUGUCUUCAGAGGAGAUACUUCUUACACUUCUAGAUAUAAUUGAAAUGCCAACGCAAGAGUUAAGUGGGACUGAUGGAGGUGAAACCUGGAUGAGGUUUAUAUUACAGAAUCAAAAAUUUUGGUACCAUAUUUUGACAGCUAGAGGUCCAAAGGUAUCGUCAGUUCAUGAUCACAAGGCCUGUAAACAGGUGUUGCUGGCUUUGCAAGGCAUUUUGGAAAGUAUUUUAAGCCAGAGCAUUUCACUAAAGUCAUUUGAUCAUUUGCUUAAAUUGUUUGACCAGGUUGGAAAAAGUGAAUGUUUUGAGUUAUUAGCUGCAUCAGUUCCAAACUGUAAAAAGGAAAAGGUGGUGAAAUCAGUAGAAGAAUGUAGGAAGAGAAUAGAUGAAAGAUGGGAGCAGGUGCAACAUUUAAAGAGACUUGUGAAACGUGUUUUAGAUCCAGCGAGUGAACACUGCCAUUUUUCAAAUAUAGAGGAACUUAAGAAAAUUAUUGAAAAAUGUGCUAAGCAACUGCAAAAAGAGACAGAUGUCAGCUUAAAAGAUAUUGGACUCAAAUCAUUUUGGGGGACAUUUGGUGGGCUAUGUGAAUUUGCCAAGGUCAUUUAUUCAUACUUGAAGUCUACAGUUUUUGUCAAGAUUUGCAUAAGCCUGACAAACAGUGCAACAGACAAUCAGUCAGUUGUACCUCAUAAUCAGGACCAGUUGGACACUGAUGUCCUAACAGGGAUGCUGUAUGAUGAUGAUGAUCCAUUUUCUGAAAGUGGUGGACCUUUAGAUGAAUACAACCCAGCAGUCCAAGAAACAGACCUGGAAUCAUUUGUCAGACUUAUUGCUGAACAAGGUAUUGAAAAAUAUGCUUCGAUAUUCAAGAGCUUUUUUGCUGAUGAAGACAUUUUAUUAGGAGAUGUUGAACAGAUAUUCGAGGGUAGUGACCCUUUAACAGAAUGUGAACUGAUAGGAAAGUUACAGACCAGGAGGUUUCCAGAAACAGUUAUCCACAGACUGCACAAUUUCAGAGCCUCAGGGACAGUAGCUGAAUCAGUUAAAUGCAUGGAGCUUGUUCUUGCUGCAUUUGAUGUGUCAAUAAAGGAAAGCAGCAGAUUUGGACGUGCCAUAGUUAACUUUCGCAAAUAUCUUUGUGAUCCCAGAAAAAUUAGUCUGUUUGAAUUGAGUGCUGCUGUUGAUAUGGUCCAAGAUGUUAGCAAAGCAUUUAAUGAAACGGACACAUGGAAUGUGAUAACAGAACUAUCAAAAUCACAAGCAUUACUGGAAUUCCUUAGAGAAGUUGUUGAUGAGGAUAUCAGGAAUUUGAUAGAUGCAGUUGAAGAACACUCUGAGCAAUUUGUUUCAGAAUACACAGUAUCUGAAUUGAUUGCAGUGAAGCGAUUUAUCCAGCCACUUUUGAAAUUGGAAAGUGCGUUCCUGACCCAACCAGAAAGGUUCUUCCACACACUGCAGCGAUGUGUGAAAGAUGGCCCAAAAGAUAUAUCAGGGAAGCUUCACAGCUGUAUGGAUCAUCUUCACAGUUUAAAAGCGUUGUAUGCAAAUGUAGCCAACAGAGGAGAAAUGACAAAAGAGAUCAUUAGAAAUGUAUUACAGGUGGGGCGAUUCAAGUUUGACCUUUAUGGUGAGAAUUUCUGCCAAGCAACUGUUUUCUACAAGAAGCACAAGAAGACAACGCAAUUUGGUAUUAAUGAACUAAAUGAUCUGCGGAGUAGGGCACUUCUUCUUGUCAAUGCUGAAAAGCCAAAACUGUCCAAGGAAGAUAAUGUUAAUGCUCCCAUGAAACAAUUAGAUUUAGAAAGAUUUAUAUCAGCUGUGGAUUCUGCGUAUGAAAUCUCUGCUGUCUGCACACAGUUACACAUAUCUGGUCAUUUUAGAUAUCGACAGUUUAAAAGAAACAAAUUGGAAAUAUCCCAGUUAGAUAAGACAUUGCAGGGCCUGAAGAAAGACUUAAAUGACUGGAAUGAACACUUGCAGAAAGCAAGGGAUGAAUGUUAUUAUCUAAAUUUCAUUCAUGCUGACCAGUUAUGGACACUUCAUGACUAUUUCACCAAGAACAUGGGUGACUCAACUUAUGAACAGGCAUUAGGGAUUCUUUCCUUCAUUUGCCCUGCCACCAAGGUAACUGAUGAUUUUGUUAGUGGUGUCACUCCCUUUGAAUCACAUGAUAAACCAUACCAGACUUUGAUGGAGAUUGGCAAAGCAUUGGAAUCACUUUUUAUGUUCUCUCAGCCUAUCUCCAGACCAAUAUGUGGAGUUCCACAGGGCACAAAAAAGAAAAUAGCAACCAUGGACUCAAUGGUUCAACCAGGGCAAUUGUAUGUUGCAAUAUUGGACAGAGAAAGUCGUCAGGUUGUCCCAGUUGUUCUAGAGUUGUAUGUGUCAACCACAGGACUUUAUCCAGAACCCCAUCAAAUUUUGUUUGCAAAUCAAAGUACAAGUCGUGAUGAGAUUCAGUUAUUCUUAAGGCGUUGCAUGAAGUCUGGGUCUCUUGGAAGACCAUCUUUGUAUUGUAUGGCAAAUGUUGAAGUUCUACCAGGUGAACUGCAGUUCUACCUUGUUGACGAAAUUCAGUCUUACAUGCAAAAAGAUGGUACUUGUAAGAAUGACAAAUUCCUCUUGGCUAUUAUUUGUAGAGGUGGGGAACAUCAUGCAUUGGUUGACCAAUUUUCUGAUUUUUCCCACAAAAUUAUGGGAAUGCAGGAUGGCAUGCUACGUGAGUGUUUAUCAAACCUUGAUAGAGCAGUUACAGUUGUAACCUCAGAAGUGCCAGGGCUUGGUAAAACAGAAGAAAUUUUACAGAAAGCAGCAAGUGCUGGACAGGGUGUCAUAACAUUCCCAAUAAGUGGGCCAUUCAAGAGAGAUGUAGUUGUGAAGAGGUUAGUACGCACCAAUAUGAACAAAUACCAAGCACUCCAUUUGAGCCUUGAUGCUGUGGAUGAUCCUAGGGCUUUGGAUGAAUUCAUAUUUGAGCUUUUGGUCAUAGGGACAGUGAAGGCAGGAACAACUUUAUUCCACAUGGCUACAAAUAGCACUUUCAUAGAGGUUGGCAAUACAAUUGGGGAUCAUCUUGUAAACUCUCUGCGCACUGUUAUGUGUUUUAACAGAAUAGCUCUGCAGUGGAGAAAUUAUGCAAAUUUGCAAGUAAGUGAAGAAAUUGCAAGUCCUGUUCAGGUGGUGUGUCAUUAUUUGAAAGCUUUGGAUGAAGUAUCAUUGGAUUCGCAAGAUAUCAUUUUCCAUGGACAGCAAGCUCCAAAGCCUUUACCAAAGUCAAUCUGCCAGCAUCUCCUGGAAAAAUAUUUCAGUUCAAAUCCAGACAUGUCAUUUGCUGUUCUUGACAUAUUUAUGAAUGUCCUGUCAGACCAGUUGAAGAAACUCUCUGCAAGUUUUUUCUUCAAAGCAUCAAGUCUUGAUGCAAUGCUUGGUGGAGAUAUACCACAGACCGUGCGCUCCAGUCUUGUGAAGGCACUAAUAGAUGUUUCAAAAGAAUUUUCAGCAAGAUCAAUUUCCACUUGCAGGGAGCAGCAGUCGUCAGCUUUAUCACAAAUGGAGCUAAUACAAAAUCUUCAAGGUGAAAAAGAAAAAGCAGCAGAUACUACAUCUUGUAUGUUAGAAAGAGCAGAUGGUAUGAUAAGGUGGAAUGAUAGUAACCAUCUUUUGGUCUUAUUUCAUAGUUUAGAUUUCCAAACAAUCUCAGUUCUGUAUAGAUCCUUGGAAAAAGUGCCGCCAAGAAUAAAGGAACUUUUUCAGACUCAAGCCAGGAAAUCACUUCCAGAGAUGACGGAUUUGUCACAGAAACAGUUAAGUGACAUGCUGGAGAAAAUAGCAAGGACAAAGUCAAAUUUUCCUCAAGGAGAGGUCUUAAACGAUGAAGCAGAGAUGUAUGCUUUGACACCAGAUAAUCUGCUGAAGAUGGCAUUGGUUAUCAUGCGAGUGCGAGCAGGGAUUCCAGUCAUUAUUAUGGGUGAAACAGGAUGUGGCAAAACAAGUCUCAUUAAGUACCUUGCUAUGACUUGUGGAGUUUACUUCGAACCUUUUAACAUUCAUGCUGGUAUAGAAGAGCAAAAUAUUUAUGACACUAUCAUGAAUCUUGAUCAAAAGGCAGCUGAUGACCCAGAAAACUCGUACUGGUUGUUUUUAGAUGAAAUCAAUACUUCCCAGUACCUUGGCUUCCUGAGUGAAAUAAUCUGCCACAAGUCCUGCAGGGGUCAACCACUGUCUCCCAAUCUAGUGUGUAUUGCAGCCUGUAAUCCAUACAGACAACGUGAAAAACAUCAGAUAUAUUCUGCUGGCUUAAAGGGCAAAGUGAAGACAGACCCCCAGUCAAAACUAGUCUACCGUGUGUAUCCUCUUCCAGAAAACAUGAUAGACUAUGUGUGGGAUUAUGGCACCUUGGACCCAAGGGAUGAAGAAGAUUAUAUUUCAAGAAUGGUUGGGGAUAUUAAUUCCACAAAACAGAAGAAGAUUGUUCGUGUGAUUGUGGAAUCACAGAAGUUCAUGCGAACAACUGAACACAGUGAUUGGUGUGUGAGUCUACGGGAUGUUCACAGAUGCAAGUUAUUGAUCAAAUGGUUCAUGGAAAACCUACCUAAGAAGACAAAUGCUUCACCAAAAAAUAUCAAUAUUGUGCACCAACCUUUGGAGGUCAAGGCAAUCAUAUUAGCACUUGCCCAUUGCUACUAUGUACGUCUUUGUAACACUGAUGACAGAGAAAAAUAUGUUGAUCUUGUUGCAGCUGAAUUAGGUAUUACGGCUGCAACAGUCUUUGACAUUAUACGAGGGGAGCAAGAAGAUCUUUUAGACAGAAUGGAGCUACCUGAAGGAACAGCUAAAAAUACAGCCCUCAGGGAGAAUGUGUUUGUCAUACUUAUUUCAAUUCUAAACCACAUUCCUAUAUUUGUUGUUGGCAAACCAGGCUGUAGCAAAUCACUUUCUAUGCAGUUGAUUCGAAGCAAUUUACGAGGUAAAGAUUCACGUGAUCCAUUUUUCAAAGAAUUGCCUCAAUUGUAUGUGGUUUCCUAUCAAGGAUCCGAGUCUUCAACUUCAGAAGGAAUUGAAAAGGUGUUUGACAAAGCUAAGAAUUAUAGUAAGCACAAUCCUGGAUCAGACGUACUUCCAGUAGUGCUCCUUGAUGAGGUAGGACUUGCUGAGAUAUCUCAGCAUAAUCCCCUGAAGGUGCUACAUAGCUUAUUAGAACCUGCUCAUGGCAAAUUUCCUGAUGUUGCUGUUGUUGGUAUCUCAAACUGGGCUCUUGAUGCAGCAAAAAUGAACAGAGCAAUUCAUCUAUCAAGACCAGACCUUGAUGAAAAAGAGCUGUAUGAAACAGCCUUGUCAAUUAGCGGUUCCAUAGCUGGGGCUCAACCAAAUGAACACCUCAAAACUCUUGCUGCUGCAUACCAUCAUUACCAAAAACUCCAGAAACAUCAAAACUUCCAUGGCUUGCGAGACUAUUAUUCUCUCAUCAAGUAUGUAACAGCAUCUGAAGGGGAAACUGUUGAGGACGACUGGGAAACAGUAUAUUGGAAUGAGACACCUAAGCGAAUCAAAAUGGGGCUCUUGCGGAAUUUUGGGGGUCUUCCAUCUGAGAGGAAUGACAUAGUGAAUAUUUUCACAGAGAAACUUGGGGCAGGGUGCAAGUUGAAUGUGAAUGUUGAUGAUCUUGUGAGACAGAACCUCAAAGAUAAAUUAGCUCGACAUCUGAUGCUUAUCACCAAUGGAGACGCAGCUGUUGGGAUAUUGGAAAGAUCCUUGAAAAAGCUCGAUCGCGAAUGUGAAGUUAUAUUUGGAAGCCAGUUUGAGGAAGAUCAACAAGAAGAGUACAAUUACAGGAUUUUGAGCAGAAUCAUUUUGUGUAUGGAACGUGGUGUCAUACUUAUUCUGCGAGAUCUUGAAAACAUAUAUGGAAGCCUUUAUGAUAUGCUGAAUCAAAAUUACACUAUUGUGGGAAACAAGCGUAACUGUCGCAUUGCACUAGGUGCAUACAGUAACCCGAUGUGUCAUGUACAUCAAGACUUCCGCUGCAUAGUACUUGUUGAUCAAAGCAAAGUUGAUUAUUCAGAUCCUCCAUUUCUGAACAGGUUUGAAAAGCAGCUUCUCAGAUUUGGAGAUGUACUUUCCAGACAUCAAGAAGAAGUAAUCAAAGACCUGGAGAAGUGGGUGGAUAACAUUUCAACAAUCCAAGGACUUCAGUUCAAAGUUGAAGAUGUAUUUGCAGGUUUUUACCAAGAUACUUUAGCAUCAUUGGUUGCAAAACAUUGCCAAAGUGAAGAUGAACUAUCCAAUUCUAGAGAAGUUCUGGAAAGAUGUAAAAGGAAGCUGCUUCUAGUUGGAACACCUCAAGGAAUAUUCCGAGCAACAAAAUCAACAUUGGGAAAAUGUAAACAGCAGGAGGUCAAAAAGGUACAGGAAAUGUACUUUCAGUACCCAUUGCAUGAUGGCCUUCAGUCUUUUUUAGAGACUAUAUUGGCCAUUCAAGAAGAGCAUGAAUCAACACUUCUUCAAGAUGCUUGGGAUAAUGGCCCUGGAUUCAAGGCAUUUGUAAUGACUCACAGAAAUAUCCAUGCACCUGUUCAACUUGGGCCUCCUUUUGAUUGCCUAUCUAUAAAGCUAGGGGUCUUCAAGUCAGAGAAGCAACUUACAACACGAAUAAAAAAGUAUUUGUUUGAAGACAAGGAAGAUUUGCUUAUUUUACAGUGUCAGCAAACCACUGAUGCUGCAUAUAUGCUGUUGGCAAAGACCAUCAUAGACAACUGUAGACAAGAAUACAUGCAGCAGUCAACUGUAUCCACAUUGAAAAAGCAUAUUUGUAUCCUUGUUCACAUGGAUCACAGCUCUUCUGAAUCAGGCUGGCAAUUCAACUUUCUCUCUGGAUGGUUGUUAGCAUAUUUAGAUAAUCUUGACAAACCAAACAGUGAACUGUCUGCACUUCUAGGGAAAAGCAUAGUAGACAUUUUGCAAGCAGGAGAUGUUUCUUUAUCUGACACCAUUAAGCAAAAUCUUCUGUGGGCUAUAAGCACUCCUAUUACAUAUGCAGGAGAACAACCUUCACUAGAUUCUGUCACAAAUAUCAUUUGCUCUGUUUGCAAGUCCAAGGAAUUGAUGAGCUGCUUUGAAGAGGCUAUUCUUGACUGGCUUACAGAGAAUGGCUAUUCUGAAUCUCCCAGCGAAUUUGAUUCUAAUGCAUGGCAGCUAGAUGUUGUCUGUGACAAGCAAGCUCUUGUGAACUCGAGCUCCCUGCAAGAAGCGCUGCAAAGACAUGUAAAACAGCGCUUGUCAUGGCCCUUAGCCAUGGUUGUUUACCGACUGGAAUGCUCAUCAGCAUGGGCUAGUUUUCUUUCUUACCAAAGUGAUAACGAGGUUGAUGUCCAGAAACGAGCAAUAUGGAAGGAGCUCUUUCGAAAUCCAGAUAUUCUUCCCAUCUCUCAGUUGCAACUGCCCUUGCAAUCUGGGUGUUAUGUAUGCAAUUUCCAACAAAUGCAUCUCAAAUUUCCUUUUAGUAAAGUACUGUUUUCCCGUUUAGAACAAGUUGAAUCCCUUUUUCAAGAUGACUUGAAAGCUCUUCAUGAAGAUAUGGAUAAUUUUGAUGAGAACAAUGUUAUGAAAGACAAGGUUCUCCAAUGGCAACAGCUUCGCUUCCAACCAGCUAUUCUGCGCUGUCUGUGUGAGGUUAGGGAUGACAUAGAUGCAUGCUAUUCUGAUCUGUUAGAGGACUUCUGUAACUUAAAUUCUUCUCAGUUGGCACCAUCCUUGGAGGAACAAACCAGAGUUCAGAUAAUGAAAUCUCUUUUACUCCACCAAAUUGAAGAAAACACAGAUGAUGACAGAGAAAGUGCAUUGACGAGAGUUGUAUUGACAUAUUGGAGGAAAAAAGAGCUAAUUGAUUCAAUUUUGCAGCUACUGUCAUCAGUUCAAGACAUUCUUGGUGAUGAUAACAGUUUUCUUACAGAAAUUUUUGAUAGCUUUGAGCAACAAAGCCAGACAAAUGUAGAAGAUAGUUCACAACCAACCCAUUACCCAGAGGAUGGAUUGAUGGACAAACAUGUGUCAGACAUGCCUAGUUACAUAACAGCUGAAUCAGGGAAUAUUGAUGUUAAUAAUGCACAUGCUUUAGAAGAAUGCAUUGCAUCUGAUACCAGUGAAACUCUGGACCACACAGAGGAAAAGAGUCAUACUGUUCAACAACCCAUUGAAGAUAGCCCACAAACUGACAAACAUGUGUCAGACAUGCCUAGUUACAUAACAGCUGAAUCAGGGAAUAUUGAUGUUAAUAAUGCACAUGCUUUAGAAGAAUGCAUUGCAUCUGAUACCAGUGAAACUCUGGACCACACAGAGGAAAAGAGUCAUACUGUUCAACAACCCAUUGAAGAUAGCCCACAAACUGAUGAAAAUGGUGCCCUUCAAGCAGAACAUGGUGCAGGUUUUGAUGAGAAGGAUAUUGUAUCUGAUCCAGACAGUGUGAACACUGAACAUGAUGCUUCUGUUUGUGAAGUUGAUUAUGUGGAUGACACAAAAGUAAGCACUGGAAGUAGAGAUAUGGAGAUAAAACCAUUAGAACAACUAAUUGUUGAGCAUGUGUGCAAAAGAAUUCUACCAACAAAAACUGUUCUUCAGCUUUAUGAUGGUGCUGUCCAGUGGCAAUACAGGAUUAAUAUUUUGCUACAGCUGUCUUCUAAAGUAAUGUCACAAAGUGAAACUGGCGAAUAUCCAUCAGUGCUGCAUUAUCUGCGAGUUUGCAGUGACUAUGUUAAUGUGUUGCUGAUUCCACACAAAUUGUCAGAUGAUUUCAUAUUCAUGGAAGAAAUACAUGAUGCAGAAGAUAUUAUGGAAUCAACUGAAUUGUUUCAACAAGUGCUGUAUAAGAUGCAUAUACUUCAUCUUGAAAAACAAGUCCCUGCCAACAAAUUAGAACUUUUCAUUUGCUUGUAUUUUGGGCGAAUUCUUGAUGCAAACAUAGAUACAGAUUUGUUUAGUGCCAUAUUUCAGACUGUAAGCAGAGGAGAAAUGCCAGAUGAAAAUCUUUGCCAUUUUGGGCCUGUUUUACAAAGAAUUCUUCAAGCCGAAGAUGAAGAUGGCAGCCUUUUGUUAAAAAUCAUUGAUGGAGAUGAGCAGCAGGUGUUUCAGGAAAGUGUCCGAUUGAAGCAGUUGAAUGACGUAUUGAAAACAAACUUUGAGAAGUAUGGCUGGGACAGUUCUCUUGUAGCUUUGGUGACUGACACAGUUGCAAGCAUGUACUUUGAGAAAUCAUUCAGAGUAUGUGGUGAUGAGAAUGUGCCAAAUGACUUAGAAAUGCAAAAAAUAUUUUCAGCAAGGGAUCACAUUAUUGCAGCCAAUGAAACAACAUUGCAGUUGGUGACAAGUGUUGCCUUUGUGAAAUCCUUCUUGUGUAGCACUGAUCAGGAAAUAGAAAACAUUUUGGAAGGUAAAGCAAAUAGUAAAUUUCUCAUGGAUAAUGUUAGUGCCCUGACACGGUGCAUCAGUGAUGUGGAGUGCAAUGAGAGAAGCACAAUCUUUGUCAGAUUUCUGCUUAAACAGCUAAGGCAAAAACAUAGCAUCGAGGGUAUUUGUCACAUAUGCAAAGGAGCUUCAGAGUCUUUCACAAGUUUGAAAAAAGUGGUCAUGGACUGGGAACCAUUGAAUACUUUGCCAAGGAUAGGCUACAACCCAUUUGCAACAGCAGAAUAUUACCAUGAAGCGAAGCUAGCAGUUACUUCAGCCGUAGUGAAAAAGGAAACUAAUCUACUGGAUGCCUUUUUAGGCUCUGCGAGAAAUUCAUCUGCUCAUCAGAUAUCUCUUUUGGGCAUAGUGUUUGAAACCUUUUAUGUAGUAAGAGCUUCAAGGUAUUUGACAGACGAUGAAAACAGCACCGCAAAGGAUAUUGCAGAAAAGUUGCAACAUUAUCCUGAACAAGUUUCGAUUCUUUUAAAGAAUCUGCUAGGCAUAUGUGAUUUUGGUUGUAAACAUUUACACAUAAGUACCGAGUCCAGUGAUCAACAUGUUCUACAAGCAACAUUUAUCAUUCACUGGCUUAGCUUAUUGUUUACAACCAAGAAAAAGGCUUCAUCAUUCUUUGGAUGCAUAGCAACAGAUGCUUCUGUUGUAUCAAAGACAUACACACCAGCCCAUCCUGAUGUUGGCAAGAAGAAAAAAAGAUACCAGUUUUGGAAAUCCCUAGCAAUUGAAACAUCUCCUGUACAUGUGUUUGAAUGCAAGUGUUGGAACAGUGUGUGUUUUCUCAGAAGCGCUACCAUCACAAGUAGAUGCCCCCGUUGCCAUAGGGAAUUAUCUGCUGCUAAAGAAAACAAAUGUGAUAUCCUUGUGACUCAAAACAGCAGCUAUGAAUCCCCAGAUGACAAAGAAGUGAUCAAAGCAUUGGACUGUGUCAGAGGUCUCUCACCUUUGGCACACAGAGUGUGUAAUUUGCUAUUCCAAUCAUGUUGUUUGUAUUCAUCUUCAGUGGCAGAUUCUUCAAACGAAGAGCCUUCCACACUGAUUGAUUUCAAAGAAUGCUGGAGAUUGGAGGGAGAAAUGUCGUACUUUCAAAAUCCAGUGUUAUGA